CGGAUCAGCUCCGUCUCAUUUGUGGCUCAACAUGCAGCAGAGGGAGCACCGCUUUAAGGUCCUGGUGAUCGGAGAUCUCGGCGUGGGGAAGACCAGCAUCAUCAAGCGCUACGUGCACCAGCACUUCUCCGCUAACUACAGGGCCACCAUCGGAGUGGACUUCGCCCUCAAAGUGCUCGACCUGGACCAGGACACGAUCCGGGUGCAGCUGUGGGACAUUGCAGGUCAGGAACGUUUCGGGAACAUGACACGUGUGUACUACCGCGACGCCAUCGGUGCAUUCGUGGUUUUCGAUGUGACGCGGUCGUGCACGUUCGAGGCAGUGAGGAAGUGGAAGGAGGAUUUAGACGACAAGGUGAAUGUCUUUGGCGGGAAUCGGAUCGCUGCCGUGCUGCUCGCCAACAAAUGUGACCAGGAAAAAGACGACGCUUUCGCAAAAACCUACCCCAGGAUGGAGCAGUUCUGCCGAGAGCACGGCUUCAUCAGCUGGUUCGAGACGUCAGCGAAGGAGAACAUUAAUAUAGAUGAAGCAGUUACCUGUCUGGUGAGACACAUCAUGGCCAGUGAGACAGACCUGCUCCAGAGGGAGGACAUGGACACGGUCUCCCUCAAACUGGAUUUGGGACGCGGCCCACCCUGCUCCGCCUGCCUGAGGCCAUAAAUCCCUCCGUCCUCACGUCAACGGCAUCCUUUACCUCUUUAACACACACAUAGAACACAAUAUAAAACAACAUACCGUCACCUCUGUGUGUGUGUGUGUACUGUAUGUACAGUUGCUUGUCUGUGUUCUAGACAAAACAACUGUUACUUUAUAUCCGUGGCAACGGACUUCAAACCUCAGCAGCCUUAUAGAGCCACACUGAACAUCUCUCUCUCUUUCACUGUCUUUUUAUCUCUUCCUUUUUUCACAGAUAAUUUCUAAAUGAACAGGAACUUCAUUUAAUUGAAUAAGGAUGACAACGUUUAUCUCAAAACAUGCAAAUUAGAUAAAUGUUAACAAUUCAUUCCUAAUGACAUCAUAACCCAUAAUGUAUGUCACUGGUAUUAAUUUAGCUGUGU